AAAUAGGACCACAUACAGUCUGCUAAUUCUAGCCUAUAGGUUAAAACUGAGUGACCACUGAUCCCUUCAAGGGCAUAUCGUUAUUUUCCGUGAUGAAUUGCAUCGAGUAUUAAAAAGACAUAGUCAUGAUUAAUGUAAAACACCUCUCCUCUCAGAAAGGGGCAGUGGCUGAUGAAUAAUACAUACCCUAAACCCGCCCAUUUAAUGUUUAUUGAUCAGCAGUCAGAUUCAGUCUGGAUAUGGCGUCGCUGCACCGACACGGGAUGAAUUUUUACCUCUCCGUGGGAAUUUGCCAGUCGCGCAUCGGGACGGAACUUUUGUGUUUUUGUCGUUGACGAUAGAUAUCAUACAUGGCGAUGGAGGACGAGGAUAAUACAGCGGUCGUGGCGACGAACACCCAACCGGGCAUCAAGAAAGGGGGUGAUGUCGGAGAUAACGGGGCUUGCAUAGACAGGCAGCCGGACACGGUAGUACACCAAGCGGGGCUGAAUCAGACUGCAGGUCGCGGCAGCCGCCUUGGUCCCGGAGCUCACGCUACGACGGGGAUCCGAGUGCUAAAGCAGCGCAACAUGAAACGGAAUGGGAGCCGUGGCUGUGGGACGAGAAAGACCAGAUUUGGAUCAAGAGAGCGAGACUGGCUGAAAGGGGACACCCAGCGGGGCUGUGUGUGUCUGUAUGGGGGCACAGUGGACCCCCAGCUACCUGCCUCUGGUCCACAGGCCUCCUCCACCCCUCAGACAGACCUGCAGUUGGUGCUCUGCUCCACUAGUACCACAGUGGAGGAGCUGUGUGCUCAGAGGGAUGGAAAGGGACUCUAUGUUCAGCUGCAUGGGGACCUAAUCAGGAGGCUGGACACCUCUGAGCGUCCGCUCCAGAUGCUGUAUAACUACCUGGCAGCUAUGGGCUACACAGAGCCUAUACGAGUGCAGCAAGAAGCAGCCAACUCAGACCUCAGCUGUUUGAUUCGUUUCUACAGUGAGCGUCCAGUGAAUGCAGACCAGCAGGAGCGGACCCUGCUAAAAGGCGUAUUCAGCGUCAGGAAGGGCAAGACGCAGCUGCACAAGUGGGCAGAGCGACAGGUCAUUCUCUGCGGCACCUGUCUAAUCGUGGCCUCCGUCAAAGACAGCCUAACUGGGAAGAUGCACAUCCUGCCCCUGGUGGGGGGAAAGGUGGAGGAGGUGAAGCGGAGGCAGCACUGUCUGAUGUUCAGCUCAGCCGGAUCACAGGCCCAGACGUACUUUGUCAACUUUGACACACUCGCAGACUACCAGCGAUGGCAUCGGCAGGCCUCAAAAGUGGUUUCUCAGACAGUCAGCCUGGUGGACCUGUCCUGCUACAGUCUGGAAGCAGUGCCUGAAUAUCUAUUUUACAGUCAGGAUGUCACCCACCUCAACCUGAGACACAACUUCAUGAGUCUUCAGGGGCCAGGAGGCCUGCUCAACCUCCCCAGGUUUUCUCAGCUGAAGAGCCUGAACCUGUCUCACAACCGUCUGGGUGUGUUUCCUGAAUGUGCGUGUGAGAUCGUCACCCUGACUGAACUCAACCUCUCCUGUAAUAAUCUCCACACCAUCCCUGUGCAGAUAGGCAACCUUCACAGCCUGCAGACAUUGUCUUUGGAUGGGAACCAUCUCAGCUCCCUGCCUGAAGAGCUGGGUGGCCUUUCCCAGCUCAACAACCUAGGGCUCUCCUUCAACAACUUCUCUCACAUCCCUGCUGUGUUGGAGAGGUUGAGUGCAGUGGACAAGCUGGCCAUGGCUGGGAACAGAGUGGAGAUUCUGGAGUUGUGUAGUUUGGCCAGAAUGAGCAACCUUAAAAACAUUGACCUCCGAUUAAAUGGGCUGCACUGGUUGAAAAACAUUAGUCUAGAACCAGUAAGCCAGGUGACCCAGUUGGACUUACGGUACAAUUACUUGGACUCACUAGAUCUGAGCUCCGUGUGCAACCUGGAAAUUCUGCAUUGCCAGCGCAACCAGCUGACGACACUCACACUCAGUGGUUUCACACUGCGCAUGCUUCACGCCAACAGCAACCGCCUUACAACAGUCAACAUCUAUCCCGUCCCCAACCAGCUGACACACAUGGACCUAUCACAGAACCUUUUGGAGUACCUUCCGGACUGGGUGUGUGACUGCGGAAAAAUUGAGAUGCUGGACGUUACCCACAACCUCCUGUCUGAGCUUCCUUCCAGACUACUCAACAGCUUGAGUUUGAGAAAGCUGCUGGCGGGGAACAAUCGUUUGCAGAGAGUGUCUGACCUACUUGACCACAUCCCUCUGGAAGCCCUAGACCUCCAGCACAACAAGCUAGCUGAGCUCCCUGAGAGUCUGUUUUAUAAGGCCUUAAACCUAAAAUACUUAAAUGUGUCAGCCAAUGCACUGGAAAGUAUUCCUCCCAGCAGCCAAUCAGAGGAGAGCCUCAGCACACUCCAGGAGCUCUACCUGACGGGGAACAACCUGAAUGAGAACUGCGGUGCAUUGUUAGUUGGACACCAGAACCUGCGGGUCCUUCACAUUGCCUACAAUCAGUUGCUCUCCUUCCCUGCCAGUAAGCUGAGUAAGCUGGAACUCCUGGAGGAGCUAAAUCUAAGUGGCAACAAGCUAAAGACCAUCCCCUCCACUGUGUCUAGCUGUAAGAAACUGCACACCCUCAUAGCACACUCCAACCACAUUACUGUCUUCCCGGAGAUUCUCAACCUGCCUGAGAUCAAGCUUGUAGAUCUAAGUUGUAAUGAGCUGACUGAGAUCCAGCUGCCUGACUCGCUGCCUGCCACUCUGCAAGAGCUGGACCUGACAGGCAACAGCAGCCUGAUGUUGGAACACAAAACGCUCAACCUCUUCAGUCACAUCACCACCCUAAAGUUAGACCAGAAAUCCACCACGACAGCAGGAGACACACAGAGUGCCUCCCCUCCAUGGAACCACGGUUACUCUGAAAUGAGUGGCCAAAGAAACAAGUUGUGCGUGUCUGUGCUGGCUGUAGACCGGUUUGGAGACGGUGUGGAAGCAUGUUAUGGCAUCUUUGACGGAGACCGCAAUGAGGAAGUGCCUCGGCUGCUGCAGUGCACCAUGGGAGAUGUGCUGUGGGAAGAACUCCAGCACUCCAGUAUUGACAAUGUGUAUAUGUGCAACACCUUCCUCACCUCACACAGGAAACUAGGAAUGGCUGGCCAGAAGCUGGGUGCUUCUGCCUUGCUGUGUUACAUUCACCAUGAGCCUUCAGAUCCAGGAGGCUCCUUUAGCCUCACUGUGGCCAAUGUUGGCACCUGCCAGGCAGUGCUGUGCCGGGAUGGUCGACCUAUACCUCUCUCUAAGGUUUACAGCUUGGAGACCUGCACUGAAGAGAUGGAGAGAGUUAAACUCAGUAAAGCCAUUAUUACCGAGGAUAACAAAGUGAGUGGAGUGACAUGCUGCUCUCGCCUGCUGGGCUGCUCUUAUCUGUCUCCCUGGGUGCUUCCAAAGCCCUGGGUGCACUCUAAGCCUCUAUGUUCCCAGGAUGAGUUCUUGAUACUGGGGAAUCGAGCGCUGUUUGAACGAGUCUCCUACCAGGAGGCUGUAUGCACUGUGCAGGCUGUGCGAGAUCCUCGCGCUGCUGCAAAGAAGUUGUGUUCACUUGCUCAGAGUUAUGGUUGCAAAGACAACAUCGAGGCUGCAGUGGUAUCCUUGCAUAUUGCUGAGGACAGCUGUACCUGUGAGCCACCUGUCUCCACCACUGAACCACGGGGUCCCCCUCCCGCCCCUGUGCCUGUGACCGUGACCCCAGGCCCCAGUGACCCAGCAACCCUUUCAUCCAGCAGUGGUGUUGUCUCUGAGUUUAACAGUGAGACAUCGGCUUCAGAGGUUGGCAGUGAGGCGGGGUCCACCGCUUCAGACGAGCAUCCAUCGUCUGUCCCUGCAUCCCGCCCAGAGAGACGCUGUAGUCUACACCCUGCUACUACACUGUGUGGAAUUAUGGUGCCAGGCUCAGUUGGGGCAGGAACCCACCCAGGCCUAUUCCAGCGACAGCCCUCCUGUGCUACAUUCUCGAGUAACCACUCUGACAACGGCUUGGACAGUGAUGAUGAAGCUCCGCUUGAGGGCGUAAUUUCCAAUGGCAGCAAGGUAGAAGUGGAGGUAGACAUUCACUGCUGUGCUUUCCAACUACGGUCGGGGGUCUCUGAGAGCCCAAAACACUUCGACCUUGAAAAGCGAGGCUAUGACUAUCCCAAUGGCAAAAUGCGGAGACAGAACAGUGUGGUGGUUUCUGCUACAAACGGCUGCCUGCUAGCUGUAUGUGGGAGAGAGAUUACAGACCUUAAAAAGUCUCCUUCCACAUGCAGCCUGUUUGGGAAGAAGCUAUCCAAUGGCUCUGUGGUAGCCCCAGAGGACAGUCAUAAUCUCAUUGAGGUGGCCCUGGAGGCUCCAAAGAAGAAAUCUGGGUACUUCACUGCCCCAGCACAGCAGGACCCCGAGGACCAGCUCAUUGUGCCUCCGAGUCUGGAGCAGGAAGUCAGGGAGCAGCUAAGAGGCCAGAGCCUUCUAGUCUCAGCACCCCCCUUACCAUCCAUACCCCCUUCCUUAAAAGACCCAGUGUGGGAUCAUCCCCACCCCCCUUCAUUUGCCUCCAACCUGGUCCCAGGUCCAGGCCCGGCCCCCACCCUACAGCAGGAAGUCUAUGAUACGGCCCUCUAGAAGGGGGACACAGGAGAGGGUCAUUUGGCUGGAAUUCUGGGAUUGUGCCAUUCCAGGAAAGAAGAGGAGAUUAUGCAUGGGGGAUAAUCCAAUUCAAGUUGCCAUUGAGAUCUUUUUGCAAGACAAAGCUGUGGGACUUCGACAGUCACUCAGUGAUGCUGCACCUUUAAAGUGAGGUAA